ACAUCUGUUGCCCAGUUUAAAUGUUUACAAGAAAUCAAGUGAAAUGACACGCUGCGUGAGACGGAAUUAUUUGGCCAAAUAAGGCCGUGUACAGACCACGCUUUUGCUCGAUGUUACAGCAUCAUUAGUCGUAUCUAACAUCGUACUUUUAUCCUAGAAGCACCCAGAGAAAAUCCGCAUCCGUGCAGCGCUGACGUGAGGCUGUGCCGCAUCGCACGUAGCCACCUACCCUGCCUCCAACAUUGCAGCUUCGUUGGUCCACUGUGCUCACGGUACUUUACCGUGUAAACUCGGAGGACUGUGGUCAUGAUCAAAGUGUUCAACCAGCGAAUGGACCCGUUUCAGAUUAAGCCCAUGCUGUAGUUUUGAUAGAAGACCUAACAGCUUGGGUGUAACAGGCAGCAUCCAUUAUCGGACACGUCCCUGACCUUCACAGAUGUGCCAGGAGGCCGGGGUUAGCAUCACAGCAACAACCCACACUAAUGUGCAUGUGAAGAGGAGACUGCUCACGCUGUUCUUCUGCAAUAAUAUGAACACGUCUCAACAAACGUUAACAUUUUAGGGAAGCUUCAGCAGACUUUAUCCCGCUUCGCGUUAGCUCCAGGCGCCUUCGUUGACUGCUGUUUGUCACAGGGUACCAAAGUCGGGAUUUAAUGUCACCUAAUUUGUAAGCUUUAACUAGCGCAGUCAUGUUAUGAAUCGUGCUUUAUCACGUAAAAUAUAAGAGGACCCAAAUAAAGAUGUUCACAUCGCUUUGUUGAUCAUUUCAUAAGUUUAGGAAGAUACGUCGUUACACGGAAAUGUCACCCGAGCAAAGAGAAGACGUGACUGUCCGACAAUGGAUGCUUGGAAAUUAGCACGCCAGCUAAUAUUAGCUAGGUUACUGUGGCACGAGGCCUGACGCAUGUUUAAACAGAUCAACAACGUGCAGGUGAAAGGUUUCACCCCACAGGUGACAGCGGGUCUGAACGUCACAACUGGGAACGUUCCCACUCAGGAGAUUUAUGUGGGACAGUGCUGAUAUGAAGCGAUGACCUUCAGACAGGUAGCGGAGGCCAGACGCUGGGAGGAAGGAGCCAAACGCCGAAAAUACAUUCAACGGUUUGAUUUGCGUCAUGUUGCGUACAUUACAUUUGUGGUUUACACCCGUGGCUGAGUCCUACGGGCGGCCACACACGGUGUUACGUCGCUGGCCAAAGCGCAACAGCGUCAGCCUCAGGCUCCCUCAUCGCCCCAUCAUUUAUUCCAGGACUGACGAUCGGCUGCCUGGGCGUGAUCAGAUGGCAGGACUGGGGAUGGCUUUGGCUCCAGAUGAACUCCCCAAUUGUUCCAGUUUAACCACUAAAGAACUGCAGCAGAACCUGAGGGCAGUGAAGCAGAGAGAGUGUCCCAUCAGGCUGCUGUUUGAAAUCCCAUCGAGCCGUAUCAUUGAAGAGGGUCUGUCCAAAUAUGUGGUGUAUGACGUCGUGGUGAUGCGUUCUGGCAGUUUCGACUCCCGCCGUGUCUCUGUCGAGCGCCGUUACAGUGACUUCUACCGCUUCCACCACAAACUUCUGGUGGAGUUCAGGGAGGAGCUGGAGGACGUGGUCCUGCCCCGCAAGCACCUCACCGGGAAUUUCAGCCCUGAAAUCAUCUCCGAGCGGCGGGUAGCUCUGCAGGACUACCUGGCCAAACUGUACUCCGUCCGCUGUGUCAGACACUCUCCUCUGCUCCCCAAGUUUCUCACCGAGCAGGAGCAACGGCGAGCGCACAGCUUACUGCGAGCGGGGCAGUUUGAACUGGCUCUGCAGCAGCUGCAGGUCGUUUUAGAGAUUGAGGAGAAGCUGCUACCAUGGCAGAGCCCCACCCUGAUCGUACCCACCCUGUGCGCCCUCGCAGUCUGUUACCGGGACCUGGAGGAACCAGAGCAGGCGUCUGCUGCAGCCCAGAGGGCGCUGCCUCCGGCCAGGCGCUACGGGCUGAAACAGUACAGAGCCUCGCUGCUAGACCUGCUGGUGGACCUGGGGUACCAGCUGGGUCGGCCUGUGGCUCAGCUACAGGAGGAGCUGACUGUACUGAGAGACGCUGAGAGGGGGGAGUCGUCCUCCCGUUCUCUCAAGGAGCUAGUGGUUCAGGAGUUUAUCUGAUACCGCUUUCCCACCAAAAGUACUGUGUACACAUCUGGUUUUAUACCUGGCUAAACCGGCCUUUAACUGGCUUCUGACGGCAUUCCCACCGCCGGCCGACCCGGCUCGACUCCCCAGCAGAUGGAUUUGUUUUCCUCUGGAACGUCACAUUUGACGUCAUCGCGU